AUGGCGACUACUCGUCGCAACGGGCAGCUUCCAUCGUGCGAGCCGUGCCGCAAGGCCAAAUUGCGAUGCGACCACCAAAGCCCUGCCUGUGGACGGUGCCUCAGUAAUGGCCGCUCCGAACGUUGCUACUACCAUCCUGCUCCACUAACGCAGCCCCGCGCGCGACCAUUGAGGCUUGCGGGUACGUCGCGAAGACCUCGGCGGCAACGGCACCCUGGCAACCAAUUGGUAUUUCGUCUGGAUCCGAGAAUAUCCAGUACGCCUAUCGAGGAGAGGAAAGUCUUAUGCGACCAGGCUGAACAGGAGAAGCGGACUCUGCGGCCAGGUUUCCUUGGGUUGGUCUCUCCCCAGGACAUAUUUAGCGAGUAUGAGGGUACUCUGCCUGGUAAAGAAGCAGAAUGCUUCACAGCACAGAUGCCACCAACCGCCGCGUCUCGAGAUCAGAUUUUGCUGGGAGCGCAGAUCCUGUCCCAUCUGCAGAACAUUCGCUGGUUUCAGGAGGUCAUUGACUUAAAGAAUAGGACUUCCCCUGGAUGGUUUCUGGGGCCGCCUUUGACCUGGGCGUUGUGCAAAUCCAUGGAGAAGAUGUAUGAUGCUGCCGUUUGUGGUUCGGACGAUACGCAUACAUCGUUAAUUGGUUUGUCCCGCCAAAUCUUUAGCAAUACAUCAGGCGACAUUCGGUCACAUGCGGCAAUGGGCAUGGACGAUUAUUUUGACUUGAUUGCGGCGAGAUGGGAGACCGUCGGAUUGGUCUUUGCUCUGCUAGGAACAGCAUUGUUCCACACUGACGAUGAUGACCCGAUCUUCACCCACCGGAAUCUGGGAAAUCUUGCAAAAGAUCAGCUGAGAAAUUACAGGGUCUGGCAGACGCUCGGGGAUUUGUCGACCAUCAUCUAUGGAUUCGGCUUGCACCAGUUUGACCAAGAACUUGAAGAUAACUUUCCGUUCUUUUUGCUGGAGAUACGCAAACGGGUCAUGGUGUGUGCGUACGCAAUCGACAAGGAAUUGGCAACCUCGUUGGGGCGACCCCCUCGCAUUUGCUCUCGAUACUGUCACCUCCCAAUGCCACUCGAUCUUACUUACGACGAGAUAGUUGCCCAGCCAAACAAAGAUGUGGCAAUGCUCACGCUUGACGCGGACGGUUGGAACAGCGAAGGGAAUUUGACUGUCGGUGUGAGGCUUCGCGUUGCCUUGUUGACCAGCUUGUUGCGAGAGAGCAUACUGGAAUUGUCAUUGAGCCCGGAGACUCAACAUAUUCAGGACAGAGUUGAAAAGUUGAUAAACCAAUCUCGCUGUACGCAACAAGGCCUCCCUCCAUUCCUGCGUUGGUCUUCAGAGGAGGCUGCAGCCCAAAGCCCAACACAUGAUGAAGCUCGCGCAUUUGCACAUAUCGAAUUUACGUAUCAAGAAUUCUUGCUGCGUCGAAUAUUGCUCAAGCGCCUCGGCACCAUGGAUCAAGGCCUCAUUGAGAGCUCCCUUGAAAUAAUCACCACUCUCCUAGCCACAAUCGCCAUGCACACCCUGUCUGGGAAAAGAAUGAUCAACAUGUCCUGGGAUUUGUGCUACAUGGGCCUACCCGCCGCAGGUAUCCUGACCUCGCAACUGCUUUCUGAACGCCAUUUAGAAGCACUGUCUCCAAUGCCAGCGCUGUCCUUGCCAGCCAACUUCCGCUCCCUCGCCAUUCAGAAGCUCAGUGUUUUUGUCUCGCAUUUGAGCUCCCUGGUACAGCCGCAUGAGGGCAACUUCGAUAUUGCUCAAAACGGAGCCAAAUUCAUUCGUCGGGUGCUGGAUCAGGCACUUACUCCUGAUGUGGGACAGAGUGUUCCGUGGUCCGCCGAUGCACGCACUGGCCCAUCUGAACCCUGGUUUGAUGAUAGUGAUAUGCCGGAUGAUUUCGAUUUUAUGGCAUGGUGUGAUGAUAUCCACUGGCCGCAGGACUCACUGUUGAGCUUCGCCUGA